UUGGUGGGAUCCUGACAAAUGCAAUACUCCACUCCCAAACUGAAACCGAAACUCUGGUGUAUUGCUUGCUUCUCGACAGUGACUCGACUUUAAAAGAAGUAACUUUUUGUAUUGUUGUUUUAUUUUUAUUUUAUUAAGUACGUUCAGGUCCAAACAUUUUACAAUGACUUCUUUUUUUGAACUGCACUUCGACACCAAGUGGAGGGAAGGUUUAGCAUGUCAGAUCUGCCUCACCAAAUAUAAAAUAUUUGCAGAGUUCAAGCGCCAUAUAUCCUCAAAAGAGCAUCAAAAGAAAAUGACACAAGUUUUUCAAACAGAAAGCCUUUCUCCCUCUGGCAAACUACCUCGCAUUAUUGUUAUUGAAAGAGACGUCCAACUGACCACGCAACAGCCCCUUCUAGGUUUGCAACUGCUGACGAUCUGUUUCAGUAGAACAUUAUCGAAGGUUUUCUACCUUUGCCACAUCUGCAAGGAAAAUGUGCGUGACAACAAUAUCUUGGAACACCUCAACUCCAACCACCACAGAGUUAACUACCACUCUAACAAUCCAGAUAUGGAGCAACUUCCGUGUGAAGAUAUGAGCCCCAGUGGACGAAAGCGAAAACUGGAAGAAAAUUCAGACGCCGGCUGGAUGGGAGCGCUAAAAAUUUUAAAUUUGCCUCAAAGGCUUCUCAACUUGUACAAAGAUUUUAGCUACUAUCAAGCAGUGAUGAAGUCUCUCGAUGCUUAUAAGGUCCCCAAGCUGUUUGAAGUAGGUUCUGAGCCAAAGAAACUAAGAAUUGAAGAGGCUCAACGGAACGGUCCCCCCCAUCCGGAUGCUUCUGAGAAGUCAUACAAAAUACUUUGUCAGAACUGCAAUAUUGAGUUCAACACACAGGCGCAAUAUUUCCAGCAUGUGGAAAAUGACCAACAUGUAAUGUGGACAAGGAGCCUCACCAGACAAGGAAAUAACCACUCCUCGUCUAAUCCGAUAGAAUUGAAAGAUCCCAGGAAGGCAGCUCAAAGUUUUCUAAGUCAGUCACUCAAUGAGGGUAUAUUCAAUCAACUGGAUGAGCAUUCAGUGCCAGGCGCAUCCAUGAUGGUGUUCUGUUACUGUUCGAAAGCCAAGUGCGACCCCAUUUGUACCUGUUGUGCUUGCCAGGACACAUUUCCGAAGGAUUUGUUGAAGAAGCAUUUGGAGUCACACAAGCACCUGCUGCAAACACUGAUGUAUCUAAAUCCCUGGCGAUUGCCGUUCGGUUGGAAACAAGUUCCCGGAAGGAAAUUCUUGGAGUCUAUGGUGAAAAUGGAGGAGAAAGAAAGAGGGUGGAGUCAGGUUGUCCUUAAGGUGAUGGAUUUGCCUUUCUCACUGUUAAAUAGAAUCAACCCGCCGAGUUUUGAAAAAGUGAUGGACGAGCUCAGGAUUCACCAAGUUGUUUUAAAGCGCAACAUACCGCCGUGCCAAACCUACAGCCAAUGCUUUGAAAACAAGACCUUUCCCAUUCUGGGGCACAACUUUAUCGUGUCGUACGAGUGCAGUCACCCAUCUUGCGAUUCCAUGUACGAUUCAUUGCUGUGUCUGAUGUGUGGAAGACUGUUGGUGAACCAAGAGGACUAUGCUCACGUUUUUAGCUGGGAACACGUCUCCACCUUUCUUGAGCGGUUCCAUCCUGGCUCGUUGACUCCGCAAUGUGAUGCAAAAACCUUUCUCGAGCUGGCAAACAAGGCUGCGCGUAUUCACAUGGUGUCACAUAUGCAGAAAAUUAGAUUGGAUCGGCCCAUCAAGGAAUCGUGCACUUAUGACAAAGUGAAAGUGAUCUUGGGUGCAGCAAAGAAGAGGGGCAGCAAAGGUUUGAUUAUACCGCUCAUCCUACCCCAAGCACCUUUGGCAAACGGAUUGCCAAGCAAGUUGAAGAAACUUCCUUUGAAAAAUGGCAAUAAAAGUCUCACAAAGAGUAAUGGGGCUUCCACACCAAAAGAGACAAAAGAUGAGACUGGGCAACAGAGGAGUGGCCAUGUUCCAACUUUCAUAAAGGAGGAAAGUCAGCAAAAGAUGCCAAGCAUUGCUCAGGAUGAAGAGAUUGGCAAUAAAAAGCAAAUCCAAAUCUCCAGAGAGAAUACACCAUGUGAAAAAAAGUUGAAGAUAAAAUGUGAGACUCUUGAACAAAAGGGGACUGCAACUACCUCAGUAUCGAAUGUAGUCGAGGCUGAAGUCCUUGGUUUUGCCAGCAUUGAAACUGACUCUAAAUCUAGUGCACUCUGCUCAUCAAGUUCGAAUUCUACACCUAUCGUUGUGAGCUCUGGGUUCAUUGCACAAGCACCAAACACAAGUUGUACUACAAACCCCACAAUAUUGUUAACAACAACCGCAAGCUCACGGUCCACAACAUCUCCCUACAGUUAUGCUACAAAAUCAGGUGGAGUGGUGGAAACAACCUACAGUGCCACAGCACCUGCCAGCAUUUACAUGCCAAAAUCAGGUAGAGUUGCAACAACUACAUCUGGUUCGUCCGUCACCAACCAUAUUGGUAGUUUGACAACAACAACCCCUGUGGUAACUUCCACAACAUCUGGUAAUAGGUAUGCUUUGAAUGUCAGUAGGGCGGCUGAAACCACUCCCAGUUUAACUGUUGUCACCCAAUCCACAGCACUGAAAAGCCAGUACGCAACUAAAUCUAGCAGAGUGACGACAACCACAGCUUUGAGCUGUCAUACAACUAUCACCAAGUCCUCUGCACCUACUUGUUCCGGUAAUACCAAAUCUUACAUUGUUGCAGAAACCUUGCCCAGUGAUUCCUCAACCUCGACCAAAUAUAUGGCGCUCUCUGCGACUACUACACUGUUCAGUAGCAGGAGAGUAACAUCAAUGUACUCAAGUGGAACUGCAAGCACCCCAAAGGUUACAGCAACGACUACUUGUACAACAAAGUCGGGGAACAUUACAACAUUCUCCAGUGGAACUUCAACCACCAAGAAGUCCACCGCACCUGCUACCGUUUGUACUGCACCAUCUUCAAGAGUUGCAGCUAGUACCACCAAGUCCACAGAAAUGAACAUUCAUGAUUGUUCAACUCCAUCUACUGGACCUGGAAUCAAAACCAAACCUGUGGCUACUACAGUCACCCAUGGCACCACCAAAACUAAAACAACUCCUGUCAUCCAUGAUGCGAAAAGCUCUUCAUUAGGGACCGCACCACGAACAACCACCAAUCUCGAAGCUACAACAGUCAUCCAUGGUGCUGCACCUAUCAUCAGCUAUCCUUCCCCUACCAUCAAGGACACGGCAACAAAUCCUAUCCAUGAUGCAACAACCUCUAAACUUAUCACAACGGCGUCCACCUCAUCGGUCACUAGUUGUGUGGUCUCAACCUUAGAAAUUACAGCUGCAAACUCUGACCCAAGAACUUCUAUCACUGUUUCAUCGUCGCUGCACAAAGCACCCAAAGAUGGAACUGAAAGAAGAAUUCAGGGCUCUAGCAGGACAUGUGAGAAAAACCUAUCUGUUCCUUCUCAUGUUGUGGUACCAACCUCAGCAGAGGCGGUGGUUAGACACAGAAAAUCACUAAACACUGAUUCAAAACAAAAGCUGUACAUGUGUCACCCUCCUUCUUCCAGACCUGGAACCUCAACAGCCAAGAUAAUGAAUAGCAAAACUAAGCCCACUGUUUCUAAAAUUGGUCAAAGCUUUAUAGUUGCAGUAAACUGCAGUGGGAGAAAGCAGUCCUACUGCACUCUUUGUGGCAUCAGAUUGGAUCGUUCCAGUCACCCUACAGAAAACAUUCACCUAUAUAAUUAUAUGAAAUGGAGGUUCCCGGAGUUGACUGAUGAGCAGUUGGCGGGCAUUAACCUGGAAGACUUUAUAUUUGGCAUGACUGAGGUGGAGAAAUGUAUGGGACUUCGAAACUUCCAGACAAUAAGAGUGACCAACGAUGAGUACAACCACUUGUCUGAGCUUCCAGAGGCCCAAGCUUUACAGAAAUUGAAGACCCACUUCUUGGUUUCAUCAAACACUUUAACGGCUUUAGAACAAGUUUCCCCUGCCUCCUUACAUGGAGCAACAAGUCCAGAAGAUGCAUUGGACACAGAGGCUCAUGCUAGUACUUCUACUAGCUUAACUGCCGAGCCAGAAGCCACUGUUCAGACGACCCGUCAAGGCGAAUUCAGUGAAACGAUGUCUGGGCAGCAGAAGAUAGAUGAUCAUGAUGAUUUUGCUGAAGAAAAUCCAGAAGGCUUGAAUGACUCCUUAACGUCAGUGUCACUGGGCCCAGAAUCACAAUUAAAUGAAGAAAAUGAUGAUGAGUGCUCACCUUCAGUGUUGUUAGGACCAGACCUGCACAUUGGUGAUACAGAUGUCAAGGAUAUGGAGGAAAGUCUGUCCAGCUUCAAUGAGCCCUCACCAGAACUGUCAUUAGGCCCAGAGCAACAAAUUGCUAGUACAGGCUCAAAGGACGUUCAGGAUCUGGAAGGUUCGGAGUCAGGCUCAUCUUUAGAGCUGAUAGAACCAGACACACAUUUUUCUGAUCGAGAAUUAGAGCUUGAAGAUGAGGAUUUGGAGGUCUCCAAUAGGGCCUCACCUUCGUCACCAGGACCAGAACUGCCUCCUGAGUUGGAAACGGGCACACAAAAUCGGAUUGUAAGAUGCAAAACUGAACGUGAGUCCAUUCUGCAUGAUGCACCAAUCGAUGAAGGAUCUAAUGUAUCCCAGGUCCCCAUUCUUGGGCCAGGAAAUGGAAGUAACUUGAAUUCUUUCUUGUGGGUGAGGUACCGGUCCAAGAAGCCGAUCAUAGGUCUAUCAUCUGUGUACGAGUGCUGUGGGACAUUGAAAGAUUCAUUCUACUUGUGUGAGAGCUGUGACCAGAAAUUCAGCCUCCAGGAUAUCUGCCAGCACAUCGUUAGUGAUGAGCAUCAGCUCAAAUACAUGCUAAGAGCUUACCCUCAUUUACUGGAUUCAUUUUGGUAUGAUGAGGACUUAAUGCAGGAGAUGAAAUUGGAUAUCCUCAAUGAUGUCAUUGUUAAAAUUGCAGCGCAGGAGCGUUCCAAAAACAGUGACGCAAAGGUUGUAUUCCUCUGCCAAGAUAUGUACGAGUCUGUUUGGAAUGCUCCAUUUGCAGAAGCUCUCGACAUGCUGCAGCAUGGCACCUUUCAGCCUGGCGUCUCAUCGCAACAAAAUGAAAACCGAGCAUCUGAGCAACAGAGUGGACAAACCAAGGACUUGCCUGUGGACAUGAAUGCUGAUUCUGUUCCUGCCUCGUCUUCCGCUAGAACCUCCUUCGGUGCCCAAAAGACCUGCACAAGCUCUCAUAUUCCAACACAACCAUCAAUUUUGAGUCCUGUCUGUAGUACAUCACCUCCCUUCCAAAUGAAGGUUGAGCAAAUGGAUAUGCAAUAUAAGCCUCCUGAAAACUUGGUUUCUGUCACUAAGGCCCCCUAUUUUGUUCAAGUUAAGAAUGAGCCGAUGAGCUGGCAGGUACAACCUCAUGAAAGGCCUAGUCCUAUCUCUAAAGACCAGCCCAGUUUGGAAGUGAAAGCUGUAACGAUGCCGCAAGAGCAUGAAACUGCUAAAGCCAUUUCUGAGGAGCAGCUACAUUUUAAAGUGAAGGAUAAACCGAAGCCCCAAGUGUCUGAAACUACUAAAGCUAUUCCUGAGAAGCAGAUCGAAGAUAUCAAGUCAGCAUUCCCUCUCAAACCAAAGUCCAAAUCUGCUGGACGCACUUUUGAGACUCAUCCUAGUUUUGAAUGGAUUUUUGAACCUGUAUCUUCAGAGUCUGAUUCUGGUGAACCUGCUGGUGUCAUUUUUGAGAAGUGCAGUUAUCAUACAAAGGCUGAGCAUUUACCUUCAGAGUCUGCAUCUUUUGAAACCGUUGAUCCUGUUUUUGAGGGACAGCCUCGCUAUCAAAUAAAGGCUGUGUUGAUGCCUUCAGAGUCUGAAUCUUUUAAAACAGCUGGUCCCAAGUUCAACGAGCAGCCUAGCUUUGAUUGGAUUUUUGAACCGGUAUCUUCAGAGUCUGAAUCUGGUGAAACUGCUGGUCCCAUUUUUGAGAAGCACAGUUAUAGAGCGAAGGCUGAGCCGUUACCGUCAGUGUCUGAAUCUUUUGAAACCGCUGAUCAUUUAAAGGCUGGGUUGAUGCCUUCAGAGUCUGAACCUUUUGAGACAGCCGGUCCCAUUUACAUGGAGCAGCCUGGCUUUCAAAUGAAGGCUGAGCCAAUGCCACAAGAGUGUCAAGGUCAUGGAACUGCUGAUCCAGUUCUUGAGGAGUUUCAAAUGCCAAAUAUUUUUCAAAUAAAGGAUGGAGUGGCUCUCUUGCCUUUAGGGUCUCCUGUAACUGCAACUCAAGGCACAGACAACGUGCCUAGUUCUCAGGUGAAAGCUGAAAUUGUGCUUUUAGAGGAUAUAUCUCCUUUCAGUAUUGGUUGCAUUUCCAAGACACAACCAAGUUCUCAAAGAAAACAUGACCUGAUUUGCCCAGAGUCUACUCCAGUCACCAAAAUGCCAUCUAGUUUUCAUGUAGAAGAGGCAUUUCCGAAAGAUGUAACUUCCUCAACUCUGGGUCCAACAAUUUCUGAAGAGGAAUACCUCCCAACCAAGAAAAGAGCAUCUCUCGAGUCUUUAGAUGAUCUCAUCAGGAUUUGCACCAAUAAGACCCAAAACAUUGAUUUUCGGCCAGUCAAAUGCAAACGGAAGUCAAUGGAAACCCACCCACCACCAUUCUCAGGGAAUCUGGCUCCUGGUGACCACAGUGGUUCUGUGAUACAAGAAACAAACUCAAGUUUGAAGAAAUGCCAUCCCAAGGCCGUUGACGGUAUUGCUGUCAGCACCAGCCAGCCAAUAGCUCAAGGCUCUAACUUGAUGUCUGUGCAGCCCAUCAACGUGACGAGGAACAGUAGAUGGGAUUCAAAGACCCUUAAAAGUCCGUCGACCAGGCAAGGGAUCCAAUGUGUCACGGCGGAUCUUCCUCCUGCGAGAAGCUCACCCCAGGAGUGCUCAAUGAUUAAAAGUCAGUCGGCAGUGCCAGGGAUGCAAUGUGUCAUGCCAGAUCCUCCUCCUGCUUCUGUGAUACAAGAAACAAACUCCAGUUCGAAGAAGUGCCCUCCCAAGGCAGUUGACGGAAUUGUUGUCAGCACCAGCCACCCCAUAGCUCAAGGGUCUAACUUGAUGUCUGUGCAGCCCAUUAAUGUGGCGAGCAAGAGUAGAUGGGAUUCAAAGACCCUUAAAAGUCCGUCGACCAGGCAAGGGAUCCAAAGUGUCACGCAGGAUCCUCCUCCUGCGAGAAGCUCACCCCAGGAGUGCUCAAUGAUUAUGACUGAUAAUUCGACCAACACAGUUGUUUCCCGUGAGCCAAAUUUAUUUAAGACUGAAAAACCACAACUGGCAAACAUUAGCCAAAGUUCCAUUCCCGAACAGACAGAAGUGCUUCAGUGCCAUACUAUUUUAGAAAAUCGUGUACAAUACGAUUGCAAACUCGACAAAGAUCAUCGACAGAUGGCAGCGCCUCAAGGCAAUACAAAUACGGUUGAACUUUCGGAAAACCGUGUAAAUUGCAAUUUAGACAGAGCUCAUCGGGAAAUGCUCACUGGUGCGAUGGCGGGUCCAAGUGAAUCUCAGCUGUCAAGUUCAGGUAGUCACAUCCCUUUUGUGUCACAAGUCAAUUCAGAGUCUGCUCCCAUCGCGCUGACUACAGAUCACAGAACAGCAGGUAGUCACAGUCUUGGGAAGAAUAACGUAGAAGAGUCUUCUGCUCUACAGUUUCACUUCCCACAGGGAGCCAACCAUUUCACCAUGCCAUUCUUGGGCCACUAUCCAUCAGCCAUGGGAUGGAUGAAUCAGCCAUCUCAGCAGUGGUUACAACACCAGCAGUAUUCUUUGCCAUGGGUUCAAAAUACUGUAAAUUGGACCAACGAUCCCAACUACCUGUGUAAUUUUUCCUUCGCAACUGCACUCUACCCUGGCCAUAUCCUCCCACCAGUUCCCAGUGGCGGACAAGGAAAUGUAAGCUUUUCCCAGCCCAGUAAGGCUCAGUUCUCAAAAAAUAAGUAAGUUAGCCUUUCCGAGUUAAGAUUAACACUAUCCUGUCUACAGUAUUACCACUCAAAAACAUUGAAGCGUUUGAAAAUUUCAGCUUCAUGGCUUGGUUUGUUACAUUUUUUUGAAGGUUUUUGCCAUAUUUGGUAUUUUUUUUAUCAUUUUAUUACAUAUAUUUAUAUAUCUAUUGCUGGAGUUCCAUUUUAUGUUCCUGUGUGAACGGUUUGUGGAAUUGCAUUGAAAUAAAUGGGACGUGAUCAGAAGCUAGACAUUAACAUUUUGUCAGGAUGCAUUAAACCGCUUUUGUCAAAACUGGUAUUUCUUAAUCUGAGGGCUAUUAAAUUCUAACAUUUUGCUCUCA